AUGUUAUGCUUAAUUUUGUUGCAAUUAGUUGUAGGACUCGGGGAGCGUCCAUAAAAUGUUGCUGAUUUGUCGAAGAUUCUGUAUGGGUAUGAAUACAAGGGAUUGUGGACAUCGUUGAAAAAGGAUCAAUAAUUCCAAUACUUGUCAGUUGAAUAGGGAGAUGCCUAUAUGAUAUUCUUGUCAAAUAGCUCACAACAAAAUAGUGAUGAUCUCAUCGACAGAUUCGAGUUUUAGUUGUUGAACCCCAAAUACCAAGAAUAGAGACAGGUAUUCGGCAUAUUUAAAUUGACCAAUUACACUGAGAGUGAUAUUUCAUUCGAGAACAUUAGUGUAUUGAACUAUUCUACGGCCUACAAAUUCAGGAGAACCCAUUAUUCGAGAGAGAGAUGCGAAAUAGCAUAUACUGUCAAUAUCGAAUUUGAAGGUGAAAACUACGAUAAGGAACAUGCUAAGAUCAAAGCGCAUUUACAAACUUAUAAUAAAUCAUUGGAUUCAAGUUGCGACGUUGAUAUUGAACUGGAUCUGACUCUAGACACCACAAACUAUUUAUUAAGGAUUAUUAUGUAUUGUGCAAUGUCAGUGAUGAUAUGCUUUACUUAAUUUUUAUUCGUCACAAAACUGUGCAAAGCUUUAAUUGAGAAUGUCGAAGACUCAAACAAAAUCUCCUUUUUUGCAGUUGGUUUUUUGACUGUUCAAGAUUCCUACAUCUGUCUUCAAAAUCUCUAUUCAGCAUUAAUCAAUUAUCAAUACUUCUAAUACUUUGUUUUACCUGCUUUCUUCUACUUCUUGUUGGCAACCACCUGUGACAUGAAGUUGAUUUGGAUAGUGUGGAGAAGUCGACAUCUGGAAGACCUAUUCGACCAACAAAGAAUGAGAAGAGCAAUCACCUACUUUUUUGUUUAAUUCUAUUUCAGUCUCAUCAUCUAUUUUGUAUUGAUGUACUUCCUUUCCAAUUAUAAUUGGUUCAUCUGUUUAACUGGCUUAAUUCUACUCCCACAAAUUAUCCAUAAUAUUCGUCUUGGUAACAACCCUAAAUUCAUCUCUUAUUUUGUUUUUGGUAUCUUGGUCCCAAGUAUGUUCUACUAAAUCUACAAUAGAGGAUGUCCAAGUAACUUGCAUGGCCUUGAACCCUCCUUUGCUUUUUGCAUGAUCUAUUUGAGUGAGUACCUAUUCCAAAUAAUUGUCCUUUAUAUCCAAUUCAAAUUGGGCCCAAGAUCAUUCAUCCCCAAAUGUUUCCUGCCUAAACAGUACAAUUAUUACAGAACACUUAAUAUAUAAGACGAUCAUGAAGAAUGUGCAAUCUGCUUGACCUCCUUAAUGGAAGACCCCUUAACUGCAGAAGCCCCCACUGAAAAACUGAUACUCAAACAAGCCAUGCAAACUCCUUGUAAUCAUUGGUUCCAUCCCUCUUGUCUUCGCAGUUGGAUCGACAUCAAAAUGCAGUGUCCCACUUGCCGUUCAGCAUUACCACCUCUAUUAGAAUGA